CACCCCCACAUAACCAACCAAAGGCAACACUUUUUUUCAUUUCGUUUAAAUUUCAUUUUUAUGUAUUCAUCUUCCCUUUAUUUUUUUUUAAAAAGACAUCCAAUAUAAAGGACCAAAAGAUUAAGACCAAAGAGUCGACGACCGAUCUACUUUGCUCACAUGCUUAAAAACCAACAUAAAACGACCAAAAACAUUGGAACAAACUAUUUUCUUAGAAAAAAAAUUAUGGGUUUUUGCUUCUCCAAAUUCUGCAAAUCACAAACCCAUGAGAUCCCAAUCUCUUCCUCUUCCGAUUCUAGCCCUCCUCAUCACUACCAACCUCUCCCUAAACCAACUGUUUCUCAAGGUCAAACCAGUAAUCCCGCCUCCAAUCCUCAGCCCAAACCCAAACCGGCUCCUCCUCCUCCUUCAUCAUCCUCCGGUUCACAAAUCGGUCCAAUCCUAAACCGACCAAUGAUCGAUCUCUCAGCUCUCUACGACCUCCACAAAGAACUAGGCCGUGGCCAAUUCGGAAUCACUUACAAAUGUACGGACAAAUCCAACGGCCGAGAAUACGCCUGCAAAUCCAUCUCAAAACGUAAACUCAUACGUCGCAAAGACAUCGAAGACGUGAGACGUGAGGUCAUAAUCUUGCAACACCUUACUGGUCAACCAAACAUCGUCGAGUUUCGAGGUGCGUAUGAAGACAAAGACAAUCUUCAUUUGGUUAUGGAGCUCUGUUCUGGAGGAGAGCUUUUUGAUCGUAUCAUCAAGAAAGGAAGUUACUCUGAGAAAGAAGCUGCUAAUAUCUUCAGACAGAUCGUUAAUGUUGUUCAUGUUUGUCAUUUCAUGGGCGUUGUUCAUAGAGACUUAAAGCCUGAGAAUUUCUUGCUUGUUAGUAAUGAAGAAGAUUCUCCCAUCAAAGCAACAGAUUUUGGCCUCUCUGUUUUCAUCGAAGAAGGUAAAGUGUAUAGAGAUAUAGUUGGGAGCGCAUACUACGUUGCACCUGAAGUUCUACAACGAAACUACGGGAAAGAGAUCGAUGUAUGGAGUGCAGGUGUCAUGCUUUACAUUCUUCUCAGUGGUGUUCCUCCAUUUUGGGGAGAGACCGAGAAGACUAUAUUUGAGGCGAUCUUAGAAGGCAAGCUGGAUCUUGAAACUUCUCCUUGGCCAACUAUAUCGGAAAGCGCAAAAGAUUUGAUUAGAAAAAUGUUGACAAGAGAUCCUAAAAAGAGGAUUACCGCAGCUGAAGCACUUGAGCAUCCAUGGAUGACAGACAUCAAAAUAUCAGAUAAACCAAUCGAUAGCGCUGUUCUUAUUAGGAUGAAGCAGUUCCGCGCAAUGAACAAGCUCAAGAAACUUGCCUUGAAGGUGAUAGCGGAAAACUUAUCCGAAGAAGAGAUAAAGGGAUUAAAGCAAAUGUUUAAGAACAUGGAUACAGAUGGAAGUGGCACCAUCACUUUUGAUGAACUAAGAAGCGGAUUACAUCGUCUUGGAUCUAAGCUUACAGAAUCUGAAAUCAAACAACUCAUGGAAGCUGCUGAUGUGGACAAAAGUGGGACGAUUGACUACAUUGAGUUCAUAACUGCAACAAUGCAUCGUCAUAGAUUGGAGAAAGAAGAGAAUUUGAUAGAAGCAUUUAAAUUCUUCGACAAAGACAGAAGCGGAUUUAUCACAAGGGACGAGCUUAAACAUUCCAUGACUCAGUAUGGUAUGGGUGAUGAUGCGACCAUAGAUGAAGUUCUCAAUGAUGUUGAUGCGGACAAUGAUGGGAGGAUAAACUACGAGGAAUUUGUGGCGAUGAUGAGGAAAGGAACUACAGAUUCAGAUCCAAAGCUGAUUAGAUGAUAUCUUCAACUACAAUGAUGGGUGCUUUGCUUCUACUAUAUAUAAAGUAAACUAAUAAUAAACACGAAUGCAAUGAGAAUUAGUGCAUACAAAUGAAUUGUGUUGUACUUGCGUCAGUAUGAAGUAAAAUGAAAAAGGCCUUUUAAGGCCCAUUUAUAA